GCAUUUAUUCCUGUUUUAAAUUAUUUAAUAUUGAAAGUGAAUACAAUUAAAAUAACAUGAGCAACACAACUUAUAACGUAGAGCAUAAAACACCAAGUAAACAAAAAGCCAGGCAAUCUCGGGGUGCAAAAUUGGAAAAUCUGAAGUCAAUUGAAAAUCUCACAAACUCGGAUGAGUCUAGCGUUGCUGAGAUGGAUGUGCAGCCAUCUACACGUCGUUCAGCACGCCGACCGAGUCCAACUAAAAAAUAUGAAGCAUUUAAAGCAAACACAACAAAAUCACAUAUUGUUGUCAACUAUGUGGAAUGCACGGAUGAUGAUGAAAAUACUGAGACGGAUGAGGAUUUGGGUGCGGCAAAGCCCACUACGCAGGAUCUACAGCUAAUACAAGCUGACUAUAAUGUGGCCGGCACGAGCAUGUUUGGCUUUAAUACGCCGAAGAAGCGUGAUGCCAUGUCAUUAGCUGCAUUGAGUGCUACUCCACGCACUCCCAAGACACCAAAAACUCCAAGAUUAGGUGUUAAAACACCGGAUACGAAGCACAAAAGAGCCGAUCAGCCGAAGACACCUUCACAUGUACGCACACGCGUUAAACAACAGAUUGCCCGAAUUGUGGCCGACUCGGAGGAUGAUUUUAGCGGUGAUGAGAGCGAGUAUGAGCCCAACAAUGCUUGCUCAUCGAGUAGCAGCAGCAGCAGCAGUAGUAAUGAAGCCAGCUCAGACAAUGAUGCGGCCGAUGAUGAGCCUAAGAUGCCCUCCAAAACGCGUCGUGCCAUUGUGGUGCCUGUGCUACCCAAGACGCCGUCUGCAGCGCGUCAACGCCAAUCUGCGCGAGCCAAGAAAUCCAACGAAUAUGUGCCAGAGUGCGAAGGAUACUUUCAUUCGCAUGCUAGCAGCAAGAUACUCACCUCAGAUCAUACACUGGAUCGCUUAAAAAAUCCACGCUUAGCCGCUGAUCGUUUGUUCAGUCUGCUGGCGGAAAUGAAAGCCUCAGCGGAACAUGAAACAGCCAUAAAUGCUAUAAUGGAGGAAUAUACUUCAUAUUUUGGCAAAUGGAUGUGCAUAUUAAACGAAGGCUUCAAUCUACUGCUCUAUGGCCUCGGCUCUAAGCGUCAACUGCUGCAAUCGUUUCAAAGAACUGUACUAACAGACCAAACUGUGCUGGUGGUCAAUGGCUUCUUUCCCAGUCUAACGCUGAAGGAUGUGUUGGACAGCAUUACCAGCCAGAUAUUAGAUGCAGGACCAAGCCCAGCCAAUGCUCAUGAGGCUGUCGAUAUGAUUGAAGAGGAAUUUGCUUUAAUACCCGAAACACAUUUAUAUUUAAUAGUUCAUAAUAUAGACGGCGUUAUGCUGCGCAACGUCAAGGCGCAGGACAUACUCGCGCGAUUGGCACGCGUGUCUAAUAUACAUCUGCUCGCUUCUAUCGAUCACAUCAACACACCCUUACUAUGGGAUCAAAAUAAGCUAAGUAACUACAAUUUCUCUUGGUGGGAUUGUACGACUAUGCUGCCUUACACGGAUGAAACUGCAUUUGAAAACUCGCUACUGGUGCAAAACUCUGGCGAAUUGGCGCUCUCAUCUAUGCGCAGCGUCUUCUCCUCACUCACAACGAACUCUCGUGGCAUUUAUAUGAUUAUUGUCAAAUAUCAGCUAAAGCAUAAAGGCGCUGCCAAUUAUCAGGGCAUGCCUUUUAAGGAUCUAUACUCUACCUGUCGCGAAGCUUUCUUAGUGAGCUCUGAUUUGGCUUUGCGUGCACAGUUAACAGAGUUUCUUGACCAUAAGCUGGUCAAGUCUAAACGCAGCGUUGAUGGCUCCGAGCAGCUAACCAUACCCAUCGAGGCUGGUUUGUUGCAACAAUUUCUGGAUGAGUACGAAAAGAAAUGAGUGUAU